UCCCCGUCUCCAAAGAGGUCGAAGAACGCUCGUAUAAAUUAAUUUUAGACAAUGACCUCCGUGCCGUCGAAAACUACAUGAAUGCCUCCCUCUCUCGUGAAUUCACGUAAGGAAUUCUUCAUUCCUUCGUCUGCAUUAAGUUCCUUGCAACUCGCAACAUACAAAAUUCCAAAUGCUCGUGAAUUGCUGAACGCAUCUUGCAUCAUUCCAUUCUUUACUCCCCAGGUGGUGAGAGAUAGUAUUUGGUUGCUGGAUUGAGGGAUUCGAAUGUUUGGUUGUGGGAUGAUUCUGAGGAAAUCCGAAGCGGUUGAUUUGAAUGCAUUCUACCCAGUCAGACCGGAGUGCAAUGACGAUGCUCGCAAGACCCGUUUUAAGGUCAAGCCUGGGAAGACGCUGAGCGCGAGGAAAUGGCAUGCUGCGUUUUCUGAGAAUGGUCACUUGGACAUCACCAAAGUGCUCCGUCGCAUCCAACGUGGGGGGGUCCAUCCAUCAAUUAGAGGAGUGGUGUGGGAGUUCCUAUUGGGAUGCUUUGAUCCCAACAGCACCUUUGAUGAGAGAAAUCAGCUGAGGCAACAAAGGAGGGAGCAGUAUGGGGUAUGGAAAGCAGAAUGUCAGAAGAUGGUUCCACUAAUUGGCAGCGGGAGGGUCCUCACGGCACCUAUCAAUAAUGAUAAUGACCAACAACUGAAUUCUGAUAAGGGUUGCAAUGGAGCUGUGUCAACAUCAUCUUUACAUCCCUCCACCGGUCAUGAAGGGCUUUUAGAUAAUACGGACGAAAAGAAAGUGAAAAACUGGAAACUCAUGUUGCACCAAAUUGGUUUGGAUGUUGUUCGAACUGAUCGAGCUCUUGCGUUUUAUGAAAGUGAAAUCAAUCAGGCAAAACUUUGGGAAGUUCUUGCUGUUUAUGCUUGGGUAGACAGUGAUAUUGGAUAUGUUCAAGGAAUGAAUGACAUAUGUUCGCCAAUGGUAAUACUUUUGGAACAUGAAGCUGAUGCUUUUUGGUGCUUUGAGCGAGCGAUGCGAAGACUGAGGGAAAACUUUAGGUGCACUACAAGUUCGAUAGGAGUACAAUCUCAACUUGGUACCCUCUCCACAAUUAUCAAAACUAUAGACCCUCAACUGCAUCAACAUCUUGAUGAUCUGGAUGGUGGGGAGUAUUUAUUUGCGUUUCGUAUGCUAAUGGUCCUUUUUAGAAGGGAAUUCUCAUUUAUUGAUGCUUUAUACCUUUGGGAGCUGAUAUGGGCCAUGGAGUACAACCCAAAUAUAUUCUCAAUGUACGAGGAGGAAGGAGCUGUAGCAGAGACAGCACCCAAGGUGAACGAGAAGCUAUUGAUUAAGCAAUGUGGUAAAUUUGAGAAGGAAAAGGUAAAGACCGGACAUGUAGACAAUGAGAGUGCUCUUGCUGUUUUUCUUGUUGCAAGCGUGCUAGAGACCAAGAAUAAGGCCCUUCUGAAGGAGGCCAAGGGACUGGACGAUGUUGUCAAGAUUUUGGGUGAGACAACUGGAAAAUUAGAUGCCAAAAAGGCAUGCAAAGCAGCAUUGAAGGUUCAUAAGAAGUACCUGAAUAAGACAAAGCAAUCAUAGUCAAAGGAUCAGCUUUUCGAGUCAUUUUCCCGAAUAUGAUGCAGCGUUACCCAAAGGUGGAUCCCGACAUGCAUUUGCCCUUUCUGAUCCUGGUCGCUGUGGAGGACUUGGAGUUGGAAUCAGAUUGGAAUAGGAUUAUUGCUCUUGCAAGAUGCAUCUGCUUGACAGGCAAUGUUCUUGUCUGCAGAAACUGAGAGUGACGUUCAAGCUAAGAGCUCCGGGUUGUGUUUCUGGCUCUGUAAGCUUUCUCUUUUGAAUCGCUGGUCCAUCUCUAUGGUAGCCGCAUUAAUGGAAAGAGGGAUAAAGAAGUGAAAUGUGUUCUUGUACAUUGGUGUUCCAGUUCAAUUAUUAUCAAAAACACUAGAAAAAAAGAAGAAGGGGAAUUGACAAAUGAUAAUACAGAUGCACCAAAAUGUAAUCACAAUGCAAACCAGAGAAGCAAAGGGAAAAUAGUAGCUUU